AUGAUCUUCCUCGCCGUCAACACGCCCACCAAGACCUUUGGCGUGGGCGCCGGCCGCGCCACCGACAUGACAGCCGUGGACGACGCCGUCUGCGACAUCGCGCAGCACGCCGCCGCCGGCGCCAUCAUCGUCGAGAAGAGCACCGUGCCGUGUGGGACGGCGCAGCGCAUUCGCCAGACCCUCGCCACACUCCGCCCGCACACUCCCUUCGAAGUCCUCUCCAACCCGGAGUUCCUCUCCGAAGGCUCCGCCAUCGCCAACCUGUCCACGCCCGACCGCGUGCUGAUCGGAUGCGCCGACACGCCCGCCGGCCGCCACGCCGCCACGCUCCUGGGCGACCUCUACGCGGCCUGGGUGCCACGGACGCGCAUCCUCGCCGUCAACGCCUGGUCGGCGGAGCUGGGCAAGCUGGUCGCGAACGCGAUGCUGGCGCAGCGCAUCAGCAGCAUCAACGCGGUGGCGGCGAUUUGCGAGCGCACGGGGGCAGCGGUCGACGAGGUCGCGCGCGCCGUCGGCAUGGACGCCCGGCUGGGCGCGCACUUUCUCCGCGCGGGCGUCGGCUUCGGCGGCUCGUGCUUCCGCAAGGACAUCGCCAGUCUGGCGUACCUGGCCGAGUCGCUGGGGCUGCUGGACGUCGCCGCGUACUGGGGCCAGGUGCUGGACAUGAACGAGGCGGUGCGGCGGCGGUUUGCGCGCCGCGUGGUGGAGCGGUUUGAUGGGAACCUGGGCGGGCGCAAGAUCGCCGUGCUUGGGUUCGCGUUCAAGAAGGAUACCGCUGAUACGCGCGAGUCGCCGGCGCUCGAGGUGAUCCGGCAGCUGCUGGAGGAGCGGCCGGAGGAGAUUGCCGUGUUUGAUCCAUGCUGCGACGAGGAUGAUGUCGUGCGGGAGCUGCAGUGUGCGCGGCUGCCGGGUCUGCGGCGUGUGCGCGUGCUGGCCGACCCUGCAGUAUCGGCUGGCGCCGCGGGCGGCCUGUCCGCAGGACUGCGCGCCAUGUCGGACGAGCCAGCCGGCGGCGACGGAGCCGCUGGAGUGGGCGCGCGUGGCGUAUCAUCUCAAGGAACCCAAGUGGGUGUUUGA